GGAUAUUUUUGGCAUUGAGAGGAAAGGAAGGGCACCGCGUGGUUUAUCUAUUCCCAUCCAUUUCCAAGAAGAAGGAAAACCAGCGCAGAGGAGAUUGGAGAUACCAUAGAGAUGCGGUCUCAGGUGUUCUCGCUCUCAGCCAACACCAGCUUUCUGCGCCAAGCUCUUCCACUUCUCGUUAAACCCUACAAAACCAUUCUCUCGCCCACUGCUCUCACUUCCGCAUCUGCUUCACAAUCCCUCCUUUGCAAUAUUCCACUUCUUACACCCAUCAACCUAUUCCCUUCCAGUUCUCUUCGCAACUUCACCUCACGAGCCACCCAUGUCAACGACGCUGGCUCCGUCGACUUGCCUCUUAUUCAGUCCAUGCACAACAAGAUAAAGGAACAACUCAAUGCAGAAUCUGUCACCGUGAAGGAUGCUUAUGGCGAUGGUCGGCAUGUUAGUAUUGAUGUGGUAUCUACUGCCUUUGAGGGACAAUCAGCCGUUAAUAGGCAAAGGAUGGUCUAUAAAGCUAUAUGGGAGGAGCUUCAGAGUGUAGUCCAUGCAGUUGAUCAAAUGACUACUAGCACUCCUGCUGAAGCAGCCGCAAGAAGUGACAGAGGAUAAUGAGAGCAUACUUUGACUUCUUAUUCACGCUCUUUAUAGAUUUUUGCAUUGCUGUUUUCUAGGAAUGAAUUCCUUAUUUUAAACUACCAUUACAGUAUUUCACAUGCUACUGAACAUCAGGUUUUCAAUGCCACACUUCCUUGGAGUUUCUACAUUCAAUAAUUUGGCAGUCAAUUACUUGGCCAAUCUUACUAGGUGAGGUCUUUUACAUGGAUUAAAUUAAAUAAAAAUAAUGCAAUAAUCUCUUAUUGUA